CAUUGGUCAUGGGAGAUGAGAAGGAGAGUAUGCUCCGGAAGCUGGAGAAAAAAAUCCAAGAAAAGCAAUAAGAAGGCUGUCACCAGUGGUCCUGGAGUGACUGCAAACAAUGUUAAAGCUGAAGAAUGUGAUUUUAGCUUCAAUGAAGAGAAGCUAGCUGUUCUGGAGACCAAGAAAGAAAGGGAUAAGGAAGUGAUGGAAACUAAGGCAGCAGGAGAGAGUGAAGAGUGUGACAUUAAGAGAAAGAAAAAAAGAGAAGGUGGAAAAAGUCCUGGAAAGUCCAAAAAAGGCAGUGAUGAAGAUGCUGUGAAAUGUGUUGAAAAAAAGAAAAAGAAUAAGCUGAAGAAAAGCUGCUUGGAUGAGCCUUCAGACACCAAAACUAGCGCUUUUGCAAGUGCAAGUGAAAUGCGGAACAGUGAUAAGGUGGUUGAGACCCUUGGCGAGGUCUCUGGUGGAAAUGUUGUGGAUGAGAUUAGGAGGAAGAAAUCCAAGAAAGACAUUAAGACUGCUGCUACCAAUGGUCUUGGAGUGACAAACACUGAUGAUAAAGCUAAGAGUGAUGAUUGUGACAGCAAGAGAAAGAAAGAAAGAAAACAUGGAAAACAUUCUGGGAAGGCCAGUGGAGACAGCAAUGAGGUUGCUUUGGAAAUUGUUGAAGGGAAGAAAAGUAGGAAGUUGAAGAAAAGCUGCGCGGAUGAGCAGGAGACAAAUAUUGAGGAUGGAUAUGAAGAUGUUGUGGCUGAAGUCAAUCAAGGUGAUAUUCCUUCAACUGUGGAAGAGAUAGAAGAACGAAGCAGAACAGACAAUGGUAAUAUCAGAAAGAGAAAAAAGGUAAAAGUAGGACACAAUUCUGAAGAUUCUACACAUGAGAAGAGUGAAAAGAGAGUAAGAUUCUCUGGUCAGGAUCAGAUUUUCCCUUCAUCCAGUGACCCUUGUGAUGAUGAGAACCAUGAAAUCGAGGAAGACAAUUUACUGCGCGGGAAACGAUUUUCAAAAUUAGAAGAUGAAAUUGUCAAAGAGGCUGUUCAUAAAUACAUAGAGAUACAUAACUUGGGCUAAGAAGAAGGGCUGAAAAAGAUUUUGAAUUCUAGAUCUUAUCCUGAAUUAAAGGGCUGCUGGAAAGAAAUAGGGAGCUGUAUACCCUACAGGCCUUAUACUGCGGUUUAUUAUCGUGCACAGGUCUUGUUUCGAAGGAGUGAGACACGUAAAUGGACUGAAGAAGAGUAUGAGAUAGUACGAAAAUUCCAGAAAGAGCACGGGAACAAUUGGAAGGUCUUAGCUGAUGAACUUGGAAAACAUCGGUUUCAUGUGAAGGAUACAUGGCGAAGGCUGAAACUGCCCAAUCAGAAGAAAGGACAAUGGACUCAGGAGGAGUACCAGACAUUGUUUGAUUUAGUAAACACUGAUCUGAGAUUGAAGCUUUCUGAAGAGAAGAAAUCUAAGUAUGGUAUGUUACGGGAUAAUAUUGCAUGGAGUGCAAUAAGUGACAAAUUGUCCACGAGAACUGAUGCAAAUUGCUGCUUGAAAUGGUAUGAUCAAUUGACAUCACCUAUGGUGGCCAAAGGUGAAUGGGCAGAUGUUGAUGACUAUCGCCUAGUUGAUGCACUUUUUGAGCUGGAUGCGAGCUGCAUAGAAGAUAUUGACUGGGACAAUCUUCUUGACCACAGGCCUGGAGAGAUAUGUCGGAAGAGAUGGAACCAAAUGGUACUUCACAUAGGUCAACUUGGAAACAGGUCAUUUGCUGAACAAGUAGAAGUUCUAGCUAAGAGAUACCGUCCAGAUCUGGCCGAAGUAAGAGAGGCUUGGGAUAGUAAACCAGUCGUUCCAUGAUAUGCCCGUCACUCAACAGGGUUGUGUCUGUAGAGAGUUAUUUUACAGCACCACAUACUAUUGGCAUCAGCUCCUCUACCCCCACCCCUCUCCAUUUUAGUAAUUAUUAUAAGAUUUUGUAGAACAUUUAGAAGACAUAAAUUGGAAGAGGUCCAAUACUGUGUGGUGGAAAGAAAAGGGAAAGAUUUUCACAGUUCAAUAUUGGACAGUUUUCUGUACUAAGUAGGGCAAGGGAUCAAUCAACUUCAACUGCAACUUGAAAAUGAAGAGUUCAACUUCUUGAUGGGUGAAUUAUUGGAAUUCAGUAGUGACAGAAAUGGUCAUCUGUGCUCCACAGCUACUGGUGUCAUCACCCUGCAAAGAGUUUGUGUGUUCCAUUAUCCAUUAUGGUAGCUGAUUAUCCGUCGGUUCUGUAGCAUUUUGCUUAAAAGGUUUCAGACUGUGUUGUUGUAAUUGUUGUUCUUGCAUGCGUUCAGCCUUCUUGAUUUUGUCAUCUUGUGUACACAAAAGCCAUAAUAUUCCCAUGGUCCAUGUACGAAAAAUCAUAUGCUUUGGUGGUCAUUGUAGGUUAUAUUUUGCAUUGGCCACUUUUUAGAUGUUCAUUAAAACUUCUCCAUUAAUUUCCACUUUGAUAUCCUUAUGCCAAUUUCAAGGGGAGUUUUCUUAUUUUAACUGCUGAACAUGCAGAGUGGCCUUGUGCCAAGAGGGACUUUUGAGGUGAGUGUUGAGCCAACUGUAGACAUGGAAGUGAGAAUCGUAGCCAGAAGUUUUUUGUUUGAGACUGAAAGACAUAUUGAACGGCAGUGUUAUUACCGCCAAGAAAUCUGACCUCCUCACUGAUAACAAACUAUGGAAGACUUUGAUCAAUGUGGCUAAAGACAAACAUGGCCAAUUACAGGAUUUUGUACCAGCUCCUGCUUUGAACAAACACGGAAGAAUUGCAACAGUUCCCAUUUCUAAAAAUGCUUUUGGGAUUCCUUGUAUUCUGUUCAUUGUUUGGCUUACUCCACAGUGAGAUAGAUAGAAUGGUUCAAUUCAGUACCUUUGCUAUCCAAUGCAGUGAAAACACUACCGAUGGUGUUGAUAUGUUCAUAUGUAGUGGUUGGACGAGAUUCCCUAUCUAUGGAGCUGAUUUUGGUUGUAAAGGCCAUUUUGGGUUGAGCUCUGUUGGGAGGCAGAAACAUUUGCAAUUUUCCUUUGUGUGGUAAGUCAUAUAAAAAUUCAAAAUUGUUUAACCUGGAUGAAAUGUAAAUAUAGAGCAUGCAUUUGGUGUUUA